AUGGCGACCGAGAACAAGGCAAACGCCAAAGAUUUUUUCGAGACCAUCGGCCAGAAGGUCGAUCCGUCCUCUGAAGACAUCCAACCCGUUGAGGAGAUCGAGUCUCUCUGCAUGAAUUGCGGGGGAAAUGGUAUCACCCGGCUGCUCCUCACGUCUAUACCUUACUUCCGUGAGAUCAUCAUCAUGUCCUUCUCCUGCGAACACUGUGGGCUCCGCAAUAACGAAGUUCAACCCGCUGGCACCAUCCAACCCAAGGGAACUCACUAUGAACUACGCCUGACUGCGAUGCCCGACUUUGCCCGUCAGGUUGUCAAGUCCGAUACUGCUACCGUCAAAUUUAUCGAACUCGACAUCGAGGUCCCUCCCGGAAAGGGCCAGCUCACCAACGUCGAAGGCUUGUUGAUGAGCAUCGUUGAGGAUCUCCAAUUUGGUCAAGAAACCCGGAAAGAGGAGGCGCCCGAGGUUCACGAUAAGGUGGCCGCGGUCAUCGAUAAGGGCCGAGCCAUGUUGGCCGGCGAAGCUUUCCCCUUCCGAGUCACCAUCGACGAUCCGGCCGGAAACUCCUUCAUCACUCCAGACCUGAAAGACGGCGUGGGCAAGUGGGAGAAGCACGAAUAUCAGCGGACGCCGGCCCAGAACGAGGCUCUGGGCUUGUCCGCCGACAGCGGCGACGUAGGCGCCGACGGAAGCCGCCCGGACGGCCAACCGGGCCUUGACGCCGACGGGAACAUCAUCCCCAACGAGGUCUACAGCUUCCCUGCCAGCUGCCCGGGAUGCAUGAAGCAUUGCACGACGCACAUGAAGAUGGUCGACAUCCCUCACUUCAAGCAGGUCGUCCUCAUGUCCACGGUCUGCCACCUCUGCGGCUACCGUUCCAACGACGUCAAGACCGGCGGCGAGAUCCCCGAGAAGGGAGAAAAGAUCACCAUCUCUGUGCAGAGUUCGACGGACCUGUCGCGCGAUAUCCUCAAAUCGGAGAGCUGCCAACUUGAGUGUCCAGAACUCGGCCUGUCCGUCAACCCGGGCACGCUCGGAGGCCGCUUCACCACCAUCGAAGGCCUCUUGACCCAGGUGCGCAACGACCUGCACUCGCAGAUCUUCGAGGCAGACGGUGGCGCCGCGGGCCAGGGCGGCGACUCGCUUGUCCCCGAGGAGAAGGCCAGAUGGACCGAGUUCUUUGACGGGCUGGACUCUGCUAUCAAUGGCGAGCGGCCUUUUACUGUGAUCCUGACCGAUCCGCUUGCCAGCAGCUACGUGCAGUCGCUUGUCGACCCCCCUGCACCCGACCCACAGAUCACUAGGGAGUCGUACGAGCGGGCGGAAGAGGAGGAGGAGGACCUAGGACUCCUGGACAUGAAAGUGGAAGGGUACGAGGAGGAUGCAGAAAGGACAAAGACGGAGGAGGCAAAGACGGAGGAGGCAAAGACGGAAGAGCAGGCCAACGGCGAGAAGGCGGAUGACGCUAGCCAGAGGUAG